AUGUCGCGCGUUUAUCAACCUACAGCCCACGUAGUGGGAAAAUCGAGACUGCCGUCAUUUGACAAAUACAAAGAGAUGCACAAAAAAUCCCUCGAGAACCCCGAAGAGUUCUGGUCAGAAAUAGCCAAAGAAUUCUUUUGGCAGACACCGCACCAGCCCGGCAAAUUCGUAUCUUACAAUUUUGAUUUAACGAAGGGCGACAUUUUCGUUAAAUGGAUGGAGGGCGCGUCCACCAAUAUUUCGGUGAAUUUGCUGGACAGAAAUGUGGAGAAGGGGUACGGUGACAAGAUCGCUUACUACUGGGAAGGAAACCACCCGGACGACUACAGUCGCAUAACGUAUAGGAAACUUAAGGAUCUGGUGUGCCAAUUUGCCAAUGGUCUGCGAUCGAGGGGUGUCCGUAAGGGCGAUAGGGUAGCGAUCUAUAUGCCGAUGAUCUUGGAGACUGUUGUCUGUAUGUUGGCGUGUGCGAGAAUCGGUGCUAUACACUCUGUAGUGUUCGCAGGUUUUUCCUCCGACUCGCUGGCCGAAAGAAUGUCUGAUUGCAAGGCUAAAGUCCUGGUGACCGCUGAUGGAGGUUGGCGUGGGGAGAAACUGCUUGUAUUAAAGAAGACAUGUGACGAGGCCUUGGAGAAAUCGCUGAAGAAGCACAAUCACAAAGUGGAGAUGUGUGUUGUCGCUUCGCACCUCGCUAAGGCAACGCCUUGUGGAAAGCUGGACGACGUUAAGUCAUUGUAUAAAUGGAACGAUGAUAUUGACGUCUGGUGGCAUGACCUCAUAGAAGAUGAAUCGAACCAUUGUACUCCGGAGUGGAUGGACGCUGAAGAUCCUUUAUUUAUGCUGUAUACGAGCGGUUCCACGGGUAAACCGAAGGGUGUUCUUCACACCACUGCUGGUUACUUACUCUACGCGGCCACCACCUUCAAAUACGUCUUCGAUUAUGGAGAAAAUGACAUUUAUUGGUGCACAGCUGAUGUUGGCUGGAUCACAGGACACACGUACGUCGUGUAUGCACCUCUCGCAAACUGCGCUACAUCUGUUAUGUUCGAAGGAACACCGUUCUAUCCAGACUACGACCGCUAUUGGGCUGUGGUGCAGAAGUACAGAGUGAACCAGAUGUACACAGCACCCACGGCUCUCCGUUCGCUUAUGAAGUUUGGUGAUGACUACGUUUCCAAGCAUAACAUGGAAUCUUUACGGGUACUAGGCAGCGUGGGAGAACCGAUCAAUCCAGAAGCGUGGCAUUGGUACUACAAUCUAGUUGGAAAUGGGCGCUGUUCCAUUGUGGAUACCUUCUGGCAAACAGAGACUGGUGGGCACGUCCUCACCAGCUUGCCGGGCGCCACCCCCAUGAAACCUGGGGCUGCUGGAUUCCCAUUUUUCGGAGUGGAGCCGAGUAUUCUGGAUGAAAGCGGCAAGAUUAUCGAAGGGCCAGGCGAAGGCUACCUGGUAUUCUCCCGGCCCUGGCCAAGCAUCAUGCGGACACUGUUUGGGAACCACGAGCGUUAUGAACAAGUCUACUUUUCCAAGUUCCCGGGAUACUAUUGUACGGGCGAUGGAGCAAGGCGUGACGAAGACGGUUUCCUCUGGGUGACUGGGCGUAUUGAUGACAUGCUCAACGUAUCCGGGCAUUUGAUGUCAACGGCGGAAGUUGAGAGCGUUUUAACAGAAGACUCUCGCGUAUCAGAAGCCGCCGUCGUAUCCAGACCUCAUCCGCAGAAGGGCGAGGCUUUACACUGCUUCGUGAUCCUCAACGAUGGAGUACAACAGGACCCAUCUAUCGUUGACGCUCUGAAGAAGCACGUCCGCGCAAGAAUCGGCGCGUUCGCAGCGCCUGAUGUUAUCCAAUUCGCUCCCGGCCUCCCCAAAACGCGAUCUGGUAAAAUCAUGCGCAGGAUAUUGAGGAAAAUCGCGAUCGGCGACACGGACAUCGGUGACACAUCCACAUUAGCAGACCCUUCUGUUGUGGGCGAGUUAUUUAAGGGCAAACCCUAA